AUGAACUUCCUCGUCUUUGUCUCCGCAGCCAUCCGUGCCCUCCACGCAUUCUAUGCGUUGGCUGGGUCCGGUACGCUGACAUCCUCCGGUCUACUCGGUCUCCCCGGUGGGCCGCUGCUCUCCAACGCGCUCGCCGAGCUCGGUCCUCAGCUCGGCAUCCGCACGCUCCCUCACGUCUUCGGCCAGCACAUCGCCCAAGGGAUCAAGAGCAUCGCCGACAUUGUCUCACUUCGACUGUCGGCGGUCGUCAUCCCUUUGCCCUCGGUCCUCAACGAUACGUCGCUUUCUGAAGACGGUGUCCUCGCGUCUGGAGAUCCAUCAAGUCCCGACCUCGUACCCGGUCUGACAGCUGAUAAUGUCAUCCUCUGGACGUCGUCUAACGAGACGUUCGAAGAGCCCAGAUCCUCCUGGUCUACCUCCGCCACGCCCUCCAUCGCCCUGCUCCCCGUCUGCGAGUUCAAAGGUCUCGAACUCCUCAAGUUGGACGUGUGCGCGGCAGUCGACCAGGCCAUUCCGGUCGUCCAAGCUGUCGGUUCCACGCCUUCUGUCACUUCGCUUCCCAUCUGCGAGUACAAGCUCAUCAAACUCCCCAAGUUGGAUGUGUGCGCAGUGGACGAGCAGCCCCCCUCGGUCGAUCAGGUUCUCGGUUCUACAUCUUCCGCCACUCCGCUUCCCACCUACGAGUUCAAGGUUCUCGAGCUCGGCCCACCGGAACUGUGCGCGGCGGGCGACCGGCCCACGUCAGUCGACAUCUUUAGACCCCAGGAUCUAGCCAGCAUCCCUCUCCGGGAUCCAUUCGCGUGUUUCAACGCCCAGGAUUUCACGGCACGGUUUAUUCAGCUCAUCCGCUACGUAUAUUCCCCGAAAAGGCCGCAGUUAUUCUACCUCCUUCAAGUUUCCUUCAUUCUCUGGACAAUCAAGGGUCGCCUGUAUCAACGCAAACCUCGUCACGUCUUCAUCUCCAUUGAUCAGCAUCUUCUCGACAACGUCCUUCUUGUCAACCUCUCGCCUCCCGAGAUGCACGGCCCCAUUGUUCUCGACAUCUCGCUCGCAUCCAGCGCUUGGCUCCCAUUUGUUCCGUCCACCCUUCUCCCUCUCCUACCCUCAAAGAAAGGAAAUGAGCAUACUUUGCUCACGGUACUGCCGUUGAACGACGGCGAGGAAUACCAUGGACACGCAGCCAGCGCACUGGUCUCCGCUCCGGACGCGGCCAAAGAAGUCGAACAUGCCAUCUACAUGGCCCUGCUACCAGUCGGCAAUGAGGAGCCCAUCGGGUACACAGCAAGAAUCCAUCUCCCUCCCAUCCGACUCGGGAAAGGAAAUGAGCAUGAUUUGCUCGCGGUACUGCCGCUUGUCAACAACGAGGAAGAUCUGGUUCGCGCUGCCAACACCCCGCUCCCCGCUCCGGACGCUGAAGAAGAAUUCGAGCACGCUUUGCUCGUGCCAUUGCCAUCUGUCGACGACGAAGAAGCUCUGGGCCACGCUAUCGCCAUGUCGCCCGCAACUCCUGGCGCGGACGAAGUAUUCGAAUACGCCAUGCUCAUGCCAUCGCCGCCAUCCAACGACGAGAAGCUCGUCGGGUAUACAGCAAGCACUCAUCUCCCUCCCAUCCGCGUAGUACCAGAGGCGUACCCGGGCGAGAUGGGCGGCGGAAAGUGUAUCCUCCGCACAGCGCCAGAUAGCAUCGCCGUAUAUUUCGCCAUAGAGAGAUUGCAGGUGUCAGUGUGCGCAUACAAAUUUGCCGCGAUGAGCCUGACGAAAGCCGGCAUGGCUCAGCAAAGGAUGAAGACGACGUAUUGGGCUUUGAUUUAA